CGGAUCAAAGAGGCCAGCUUGGAAAUCAUCAAAAGAGCAUUAGCCAUUUUACAAAUAUUUGCGAUCAGGUAAGUUUUACUUGUCACUUUGGGACCGGUUGUUCAAAGUUGGAUUAGCGCUAACCCUGGGUUAAAAUUUAACCUGCUGUUUUAGUUUGUGUAUUUCUACACGUCUGUUUAUUUUAAAACUUCAGAGAAGAAAACUCCUACUGAUCCAAACAAGAUUUCUGAAGAAAUAUUUCCAAUUUUAUAAACAAGUUGUCAGGAAGUUUGCAUUGAAUUUUAGGUCAACUUAGGGUUAAACUGGUUAAGCUAAUCAGCUUUCCAACAACUGGCCCCAGGACAUUAUUUGACUCGCGCACUUUUCGAGGAACAACGGUUGGGCAAGAUAACCAACUUUUUGUGUUUGUAAAAUAUUUCUAGUCAAUUUGGAUGCGCAGGUCAACAUCUGCAAGAUCAAUUACUUCAAAAAGCCAUGCAGACCCCGGUCCCGCCUUACGAGUAA